CCCUCGCAACGGGAAACACACGCAUUCCGCUGCCCCAGUCCUGCAGGCUGCAGCCUCCUGCGACUGCGAGGUAGAGAGAGAUUCCGCGCGCGCGCCCCGGGGCAAAGCUCUCUAGUGCCAUUACUGUUCGGUGCGGUGCGCUCAGUGAGGCAGACAGACAGAGCCUGGUGGUGGAUAGAGAAGAGAGAGGAAGGAGGCGACGUCUCCAAUGCGGAGGGGAUAGACAUUGGGGGAGAGGGGAUAAAGCGGUGCUCUUUCUUCUUGCCCACCGGUACACACGGAUCGGAGCAUCGCCAUUGAUGUGCUCGCUGCUCCGCCCCAUUGUGUGAUUGGUUCAGUUCGCACUGCUCACUGAUCAGGAUGGAGGGGAUGGACUUCCUGUUGGGCAUAGGCAUGAAUGAGGAGGAUAUCAAGACAAUGCUGUUUGGGGAGAAAGUUGAUGACCUGAAAGAAGACAGAUUUGAUGGUUCUGAGGAGGAAAGGCAAAUAUUUGAGGACAUUUUCGGCGGAACAAGUGACGGAACCAGUUCUCUGCCAGCUAGCACACCAUCCGGUUCUGCCUCCAACCGCAAGGUGGUCCGCUGCCGUAUAGUCGAGUCGUUUACUCAUGGCAACCUAUCAAGCUACCAUGUCUUCUAUCAUAGUGCAAUUCAACAGAUGCAGAACACAAUGCCUUCUGAACCCAUGGUACAGUCGACGCCACCUCCUGUUGAUCGGGUGUACGUUCGAAGGGCCGUGAUUCGCAGGAGUCGGAGAGCACAACUUUGCAGUGUUCUGGAUUGGCAAAGGAUUGACAUUGCCAGUAUGGUCUCACAGCGACGGGGUGGCCGUGGCGGCAGUGGCCUUGGAAAACUCUGGAAUCAUCUCCGGCUGCAUGCUCAUCUUCUGAUGAUGGAUGCCGGGUGGAAGAUCGAGGGAAAGGAAAGGGGGGACAAGAGUAAGGUCGAUCUCAUGUACGAGUCUCCCGACAAAAUAAUGCGCCUAGUUUCCCUUCCCAAGGCUUGGAAAUGCUUUGGUCAGUGGUUGCUUAUUCAGUCGUCCAGAUUUGAUGGAAAUGACUAUGGAAAGGAAUGGAUGAACAUGUAUGACUUUUUGUAUGAUUUGAAGAACACACUCUUAUGCUUAGAGCAUGAGGUCCGGCUUCCGAAGCAAUCUCUAUCCUUCCUCCACCAGUGGCAGCUUCUUGAUCCUUUCAUGGCAGUAGUUUGCAUUGAUAAGAAGGUCGCAGCUCUGAGAAACGGAGUUGCACUGAAAGCUGUGAACAGCACAGUUACAUUCCUCAGCCAUAGUGAGAGUAAGCGGCUGUUUCGUAGGAAUGCUAACAAGCCACUUGGGCUGAACUAUCCAAGCAGCUAUAACAAGGCGCAUCCCAGGUCACGGAAAAAUCUUCUGCCGCUUCUUCUAUCUGAUGGCCAGCCUCACAAUGAGGAAAACCUGCACAAUGGACACUCUUCUAUGUCUGGAUCAAGUAAGCAUAUUCGAUAUGAAGUGGAUCAAAGGUCACUGACCAUCGAAAAAAUAAAUGAAAGAAGCAACGGAAGUACUGCUCAUCAUACAGUGAAAGGUCUCCAAGAUGCAGCUGAUCAUGUCAGUUCAAGGCCUACUUAUUUUAGUGCAGAAAAGGAGAUUUCAUACUCAAAAAUGGCUCGGAAUGUUCAAGAUGAGUCUGAUCCGCUAUAUGUCCCGCGUAAUUAUUCUUCAGCUCACCUGGUUGAAAAUGUGCAAACUGAUGGUCCAAGUUCUCAUUUCUGUCAAGUGAUGGAAACUGUGGAUGCAGGCAAUUCUGCAGAUGGUCCUUCUGACGAGUGGCUCAUAAGACCAGACUUUCUGUUUACUCAUGAAGUUGACAAGAUGAUCCUUGGGAGAACAGAUGAUGUCAACAAUGAACAUCAUAGUGCUGCACUUGUCUCUGAGUACCAAGUGGGAAAUGAGAAUGUAAUGAAUGGACCUUCGUCUGGUACAUUAUCACUACCAGAAGAAAAGGAUUCAUGCUUCGAAGCUAUCAGAGAUGACUUCAACAAUGAGCAUGAUGUUGCUGUUGUCCCUGAACUCCAAGUGGGAAAUGAACGUGUGGGGAAUGAACCUUCUGCUGGUUCAUUGUCACUACUAGCAGAAAAGGAUACAAACUAUGAAGCAAAAGAGGUUAGCCUGGAAGAGAUGUCAAAAACAGGACAGUUGUCAUCUGAAGCCACUGGUAGCGAAUUGAUGAUUGCCGAACCACAAGUACUGUUUGUGUCCCCGCAAGACGGGAGACUCUCAUUCAUGAACAGCAGUACCUACAGCCAGGAGAUGUGGAGUUGCCUUAAUUUACCUCAUGACAACAUGGGGGCUAACAUGCAGCUGGACGACCAGUCAUCGGCUUACGAAGCGAGCUUGAUUCAGGGAUUCUUAUAUCUUGAUAGUGAGGGUUCUCCAAUUGGUUGGGAAGUAAUAAACGUAGAACCUCCUAGGCAGUUGUUCUGUGGCCCUUCUUCGGAACCAAACUUAAACGUGUCUGGCCAUUGUGGUGAACUGAGCAUGGAAAAUCAGGCACCGACAUUGGGACAAAUGCAAAUAUCAGAGUUUGAUCCAAGUAAGAAGGGGCAAAAAAGGUCUGAGAAGGUUGCACAUACCAAAGAUGGUGCCAGUAGGAAGAAACCAAAUGUACAUGGUUUUCAUGCAAGUCAUUGUGCAAUUGGUGAAGACAUGGACAUCGAGCAUGUGUGUUCGAAUCAAAAAAGAUCCCAGAAGGUUGCAGAUAUCCAAGACAAAGUUAGCAGGAAGAAACAGAAAGUAAACGACGGUCAUAUAAGUGACUGCAUAAUUGGUCAAUGCAUGGGUAGUAGAGCUGAAAAUCCCACUGGUUGUUUAGCUUAUAGUGAGGAACUGCAGAUAAGUGCAUCAAUCAGUGAGCAGGCCCGUCUGAAUCUAGUGCACAAAAUGAAAGUCCACAAAGAACAAGCUGAAGAUAGUAGUGAACCCCCAAAACAACUCAUGUCAGAACAACCGCUCAAAAAUGAUGUCAAGUUUGGGAAGAAACCAUGGACUCGUAAAUCCAGGUUUGACGAGGAUGAUCUUUUGAUGUCAGCUGUAAUAUAUAGGCUGACUGCCCGUUACAGGAACUCUUUUAAUCGAAUGCUCAUAAAUAGAGCUGGCUUCAAAUGUCUUCCCAGAUCUCGCUGGGAGAAUGAAGAAAAAUGUGACCAGAAGAGGUUUCCUGAAGGAGCAAGAACGGUGUUGAGCAAGUUACUUGAGAUGGGCAUUGUUGGUACAGAGAAUGUUCUUCAAUAUAAAAGGCCAGGAGACAAACACGUGCUGAAAGGUGGGAACAUAACCAAGCAUGGCAUUCGGUGCCGGUGUUGUGACACCACAUUUACCAUGUCCAACUUUAGGUGCCAUGCAGGUCUCAGACAAAAAACCCCCUCUCUGAAUCUUUUCUUGGGUUAUGAUAAAUCCUACAGCCUAUGUCAGCUUCAAGCAUGGUCUAUUGAGUAUAAGGCGAGGAAAGAACGUGCAAUGGAUAUUAUGUCACUACAAGCAGAUGAAAAUGAUGACACUUGUGCAUUAUGUGGUGAUGUCGGUGAGCUAAUAUGCUGUGACAACUGUCCUGCUAGUUACCAUCAGGCCUGCUUGCCUUGUCAGGAAAUUCCAGAUGACAGCUGGUACUGUUCUAGCUGCCUGUGCAAUGUUUGCGGGGAAGUGGUCAAUUCAAAGGAUCCAAAAACUAUCCUACAUGCUUUAGAAUGCUCACAGUGUGAAUGUCGAUAUCACAUAAACUGUGUAUCGGGUAAAGUUUUGUGUGAUGAGGAAGGUGGAACUGGUACCUGGUUUUGUGGAAGAAGAUGCCAACAGAUUUAUACAGCCAUGCGUUCUCUUGUUGGAAUACCUGAUCACACCGGUGACGAAUUUUCUUGCACCAUACUUCGUAACAAUGAUGAUCAAAAGGUUCGCUCAGCUGCAGAUAUUGCUCUCCUGGCCGAGUGCAACAUGAAAUUAGUUAUUGCCUUGAGUCUUUUGGAAGAAUGUUUCUUGCCUAUUUUCGAUCCGAGAACGGGGAUAGACAUAAUGCCCCCUAUGGUGUAUAACUGGAGGUCCAACUUUGUACAUUUGGACUACAAGGGGUUCUAUACUAUAGUCCUGGAAAAGGAUGACAGCAUUCUUUCUGUGGCGUCCAUCAGGUUACAUGGUGCAAGUGUAGCAGAGAUGCCUCUGAUAGCUACUUGUUCUGAGAAUCGGCAACAGGGGAUGUGCAGGCAACUGGUGGAUUACAUCGAGGAGAUGCUGAAAGCGCUGAAGGUGGAAAUGCUGCUUCUAUCUGCAAUACCAAAUCUAGUUGAUACGUGGACAUCAGCAUUCGGGUUCAGGCCGAUAGAUGACUCUGACAAGAAGAAGCUGAGCAGGGUCAGGCUGGCCUCAGUCCCUGGAACUGUUCUACUGAAGAAGGAUCUGUACGAAUGUUCAGAAACCGAAGCAGCAGGGGACGGCAUGGAGCACCUCUCACGUGGCCACCAGUUGUUGUCGGCGCAAGGAACUCCAUCCGUCGCCAAGUCCAAACAUCCCCAGCCGUCUGAAGACACCGGUCCAGUUUGCGCGACGGAAAGCAGCCUCAUCGACGAGCUAGGAGGCUUGAUGAUCGGUCCGCAGCAUGUUGGUCCUCCGUCAGCUGUUGCCCUUGGUGAAAGCCUCGAUUCUGAGUGGAUCGGCACGAUGGCGGCGUCCCUGACGUCGUACCUUCGUUGGGAGCAUCGUGCUUGAAGACACGGCUCGGAGGUCCUUUGGUGCUCUCCUCCGGUGCUCGCCAUUGUCCAAGGUUGUUCUUCACGUGUGGUAUGCACGCCAUGGCUGGUGAGUCCAAGACGAUGCUUUCUCGGGACCAUCCAAGUUCCGCCAUUGAUCUUCUUCUGAUGGUUCGUCGACAAGGAGAGCCCUUUUGGAGCAGUUGUUCUUCGGAGGUUUUCAGCUUCGGUUGAGACGCGGUUGUGUAGCUUAGGUUAUGACAGGCUCUUUCGUUUUGUGUUUGUCUUGGCUGUCCUCGGACUAGCCGGUGUGGAGUUGGUGCUACGCUCAUUGCUCGCAGCGAGUGUUAAUGUUCUUGUAUUCAAACCUCUACCUUCUAUAAAAAUUUGGUAUGCCUACCCUC